ACCAGCAAGCAGUAGAGCUAUUCACAAAACACAUCAUGAAACUGGUUCUUUUCGUCGCCACCAUGGCGAUUCUCGGCGCUUCCCUGUCCCAAGCCAAGCUGGUAAAGGUGGAAGUACCGGUGGCAGUGCCCGUACCCGUGCCCGAGAUUCAGCACAUCGAGAAGCGUGUGUCCACCAUCAAGGAGGUGAAGGUGCCGUACAUUCAGGAGGUGCCGGAAGAGCACGUCGUCACCCACGUGAAGGAAGUGCCCGUAGUGAAGGAGGUGCCGGUCGUGAACGAAAUUACGGUGUACCGUGAUGUGGAGGUCGUGCGGGAGGUGCCGGUCGAAAAGAUCGUACAUCGGCGCGUGGAGGUGCCGGUGGAGGUGGUACGCGAGGUUGAGCUGGUGCGUGAAGUGCCCAUCAUCAAGGAGAUUCCGCACGUGAAGGUCGUGAAGGUGAUCAAGGAAGUCCCCGUCGAGGAGGUGAUCGUGAAGGACCUGCCCGUGGCUGAGCCGUACCCGGUCAAGGUGCCAAUCCACGUCCCCGUGCCGGUUCAGGCGCACCAGCUGCACCUGACGAAGCUGAACAAGUUCCCGCAUUUGCACGGCAUCAAGAACUUCCUUGGAUAAGUCGGCGAGCGAGCAUGUUUGCCAUUGCCACCAAGGGCGGAAUGUCCUUUCCUUUCCUAAAUAUCCUCC